AUGCGUAAUUCUAACCUUUACCCCAAGGCUGCGCUGUUUGCUGCUAUCGACGUGUCACUGCUGGUGUUUUUCAAAAGUGUCAGCAGCGAGCAGUACCCCGGAAAUAUCUGCAUCUUCUUAAUGUAUCUCAGUCUCCUGCUCAGCUGCUUCUCGGCCAUCAGCGCACUCGACCUUGUCACAGAAUUAGGACUUCUUCCUUUUGAUUCAUCUAUCCGCCGCAUGGAUCGUACACCAACUACGAACCAGUAUGGACGCCGCUCCCAAGGAACACCCGUGAAGCUACUGAACCGAUAUGGCACCAGUUCAUCCCUCAAGUGGCUAAUUGCAUACUGGUACACGACAACGAUCAGUAGUAUGCUGUGUCCUCUGGUGGCUGUAAUUAUAUACAUGGCCAAAAACGAGACAGCAUGGAUGACCGUAAUGCACAACGAUUCAGUGAAUGUAGAAACUAUCGCAGUGGCAGUAGACCAAGCAGAAGAAAUGCAGCCGGAGAGGUCCUUCACUCAGUGUGGAGCUCAGAGCUCUUCGCUUGUACUUGGAUCUCAUGACCACGAUAUCCCGAGGGAGUUGUACGUUACGGUGUGCAUGUGA